AUGGAAGCUGCAGUUUAUCUGCCAGUCUGCCAGACGCAAAAUCCAGCCAGUCUGCCCGGCUCAGAAUCCAGCCAGUCUGCCCGAUGCAGAAUCCAGCCAGUCUGCCAGCAACAGAAUCCAGCCAGUCUGCCCGAUGCAGAAUCCAGCCAGUCUGCCCGGCGCAGUAUCCAGCCAGUCUGCCAGGCCCAGAAUCCAGCCAGUCUGCCCGAUGCAGAAUCCAGCCAGUCUGCCCGGCUCAGAAUCCAGCCAGUCUGCCCGAUGCAGAAUCAAGCCAGUCUGCCAGGCACAGAAUCCAGCCAGUCUGCCACCCGCAGUAUCCAGCCAGUCUGCCAGGCUCAGAAUCCAGCCAGUCUGCCCGACACAGAAUCCAGCCAGUCUGCCUGGCUCAGAAUCCAGCCAGUCUGCCCGAUGCAGAAUCCAGCCAGUCUGCCCGGCUCAGAAUCCAGCCAGUCUGCCCGAUGCAGAAUCCAGCCAGUCUGCCCGAUGCAGAAUAAAGCCAGUCUGCCCGAUGCAGAAUCCAGCCAGUCUGCCCGAUGCAGAAUCCAGCCAGUCUGCCCGAUGCAGAAUCCAGCCAGUCUGCCAGGCCCAGAAUCCAGCCAGUCUGCCAGGCCCAGAAUCCAGCCAGUCUGCCAGGCACAGAAUCCAGCCAGUCUGCCAGACGCAGAAUCCAGCCAGUCUGCCAGACGCAGAAUCCAGCCAGUCUGCCAGGCACAGAAUCCAGCCAGUCUGCCCGAAGCAGAAUCCAGCCAGUCUGCCCGGCGCAGUAUCGAGCCAGUCUGCCAGACGCAGAAUCCAGCCAGUCUGCCAGGCUCAGAAUCCAGCCAGUCUGCCCGACGCAGAAUCCAGCCAGUCUGCCAGGCCCAGAAUCCAGCCAGUCUGCCAGGCUCAGAAUCCAGCCAGUAUGCCAGGUACAGAAUCCAGUCCGGGAUAAUUCUACUUUAA